AAAUCGGGAGUAACCAAGUGCUCUGCAAUCGUCGACACAACCAUUUCCAUGGGCGACCGCGACAGGCAUCAGCAGCAGCCGCCAAGCGAGGCGAUAAAGAGCCUCCUGCCGGACAAGGGCCCCUCCGGUCCCCAGGCGCUGGCGGUGGCCAUCCUGCUCCCCGUCGGCGGCAGCCUCCUCGCCCUCUCCUGCCUCACCCUCGUCGGCUCCCUCAUCGGCCUCGCCGUGCUGACGCCGGUGUUCCUGCUGUUCAGCCCGGUACUGGUGCCGGCGGCGCUGCUGGCCGCCCUGGCGGUGGCGGGCUUCCUGGGCUCCGGCGCCCUCGGCCUCGCUGGGCUCUCGUCCCUGGGCUACCUGCUGAGAAAGGCGAGCGCGCUGGUGCAGCAGGCGGCGCCAGAGCAGGUGGAGCAGGUGAGGCGGCGGAUGGGGGAGGUGGGCCAGAAGGCCAAGGACGCCGCGCAGGGCAGGGCGGAGGAGAGCAAGAGAACUUGAAGAUCAUUAACAAUUAAGACUCAAAAUGUGAACCGUGUAGUUGUCAUGCACCACUGUCGCUACUGUAUUGUGUCUCCUACGUACGCUGCCCGCUUUGGAAAAUAAAUCACUUUUGAACAGACUA